GCUAACGAGAGCAGCUAUGGAGCCUGCAGAGCAGCAGGAAAAAAUAGAGGGAUCGUGGGAAGGAGGACAUGAUGGAGGGAAGGCAGAUUGGAAAAAUGACUGCUCCCUCUCCUCCCUCCUUAAACACUCUUGUCUUCUCUGUUGGUCAUCUCCCCGGGACACCGAGGUCGUUGAAACGGAUGAGAGGGUCCUCGCCAAGGUGGCCGAGAUUAGAGUAAGAAGACCGCAGGAUCUAGCCCUGGAGCUGGAGAAUGCAGUGGCAGUGGAGAACUUAGAGCUUCAGGAGCAGCAGUCAGACCGCAAGGAGCUACAGGAGACACUGGUCAAAUUAGAUGACCACAAAGAGAAACUGGUUCAACAAAUAAAGGCAACCAGGCAGCUCUGCUAUGAAGAGAGUCAACAGAUCCUGUCUCUGCAGGCAGACGAGGUUCAGAAGGAGAGCCAAGUGGAGGAGUAUGAGAGGGAGCUUGCCAGAGCCAGGUGGAGGCUGAGAAGACUCAGAGAGGAGGUGAAGCAGGCCAAGAGGAAGAUGGAGGAGGCUGGAGAGAGGAACACUCCUCUGCAAGACUCUAUCAGACAGUCUUAUGAAGAGAUCCUGCAGGAGGAGCACACUCUGUGUUCUCUGUCGGGAGGUGCAGUCACACCAGAAAGCCACCUGGAGGAGUCCACAUCUCCAGCAGACACCACUGAAGAUGAUGUGCUCCCUCUGAGGCCAUGGGGAAGGAGCCAAUCACUACCGGCAUACGCUGACCUGAUAAUGAGAGCCAGCAGCUCGUCUUUCUGCAAUAAUCUAGCAGAUACCAGAGAAGAGGCAGAUGAUAGUGGGACCAGUUCUCCAAAGAUGGACAGAUCUGACAUAGAUGAUGAUCCAGAGGAGGGUGAGAUCAACAGUGGAGGGGCAACAGAGAGAGAGAAGGAAGAGUGCACAAUUAACGCAAACCAAUUGGACUUCUAUAAAGAAAAUCCCUUUGCCAGCUGUCAGAGUGACCAUGGAUUUGCUUCAGACCCUUUCAAAGGCAGCGACCCCUUUGCAGCAGAUAUUUUGUUUCCAGCUUCAAACUUUGGCACUGAGGACACUGGAAAUGGUGGUGAUGAUGCAGAAAACAGUCUGUCCUGUGGUGAAAACAAAGCCUCAACAGGAACUCAGUGCUUUGAAUCUGAAUUCCCGGACGAGGACAGUGACAUAGAAAUAAGCUACAGCAGAGAAGACCUGGACACCAUUGAUGUAGCCGAUGAAUCUCGUGGAUUUAAACCCAUUCAGAGCUCGUCAGAGGAGCUUGGGCCUGAGCCUAUCCAUGGCUGGAGGUCGCAGGGUCAGUAUUCUGUAGAAUCAGACCCUAAUGGGUAUGAGCUUGACUUUGGUGCUAUUUCCCCUCCUUCUGCCAUAGAGGAGCACAGUCUGGUAUCUUUAGAUGGAAAAGCUGCCAAUGAGACACCAGCAGGAGUGGAACAAGGUUUGAGUUCCGUUUCACCUCAGAGCCAACCUGAGCAAGUCCUGUUGAAACCAGAUUCGACGGAUGACAAAGAACAAUCUUUGUCCUGUAAUGGUACCUCCAGUCAGGGAGCAGGAUGUUCUAGCAACAACAAAGAUGAAACCUGUAACCCUGUAACUCCCCAAAACUCACUAGACUCCCAAAACCUCUUCAUUCAGCCCAACUCAGAUGAAAAUAUAGAACUGAGUUUUGAGUUGAGCUAUGCACCAAAAAGUCAGUCUUCCUUUGACCCAUAUGGGUUUAAACUAAGUCCAGAACAUUCUAGUCAAACCCUGUUAGACCCAGAUGAAGAUGAAAUAAGCCCAGAACCCUCUGAAAAUGAUCUUACCUUUGAUCCAGAGCCCCCCUCUUCUCAACCAGACCAAUUGAAGUUUGAUCCUUAUGGAUUUGACAUCACUUCCUCCCAGAUGGUUCAGGACUGUGAUCCUUAUGGCUUUAAGCUAAGUCCUGAGGAAGAGAAUCAGGAGGUACUGGACAUCUGUGGCUAUGAUAACCAUGAGGCAAUAGACCUUAACGUGUAUGAAAAGAGAACGCAAGAGGAUCCCUCUAAUUAUAACAAUCAUGAAAACCAAGAAGUGCUUGAUCAUUAUAGCUACAAUAACCAAGAGCUGUUUGAUUUGUGUAACAACGGAAACCAAGAAGUGCUGGAACAUUCUAGCCUUGACAACAGGGAGUUAGUUAGCAAUGAAAACCGGGAACUACUGGAUCUUUGUGGUCAUGUCAAUCAGGAGGUGGUGGAACCCUAUUGCAGUACAAACAAUGAAGACCUAUUUGAACAUUGGGAAUGUGGCAACCAAGAAAUCGUGGAACAUGAUAGCCAUGGCAAUCAAGAAUUAGUGGAUUUCUCUCAUUCUGAGAAUCAGGAAGUGCUGGAUUUAGGCAGACAUGGCAAUCAAGAACUACUUGAUUUUGGUAGUAAAGUAAAUCAGGAAGUACUUCUUUCUGGUAGACACAACAAACAGGAACUCCUGCAGCCUGGUAUCAAUGAGGAAUUGCUAGACUUAGGUAGCAAUUACAACCAGGAGAUGUUCGACUUAUUAAGUAAAGAAGUUAUCCCUGAAGCGAACAACAACUGUACUGUGGAACCAGAGCCCAUUGUCAGUCCCACUAAUAACAGCUUAGACAGUAUUGUUGCAACACAAGACCUGCUGGGACUAAAAUUCAGUAGCACUAGUAUUUGCACUACUACCAGUAACACCAAGACUGCUGACACCCACAACAUGUCUGCCAACCCGGACCUGGCUUUAUUCAAUGCUCCCACCAGACACAACAUGUUGGAAAGUGAUCUGGGUUCAGUGUUUGGAGCUGGAGGAUACAUUGGUUGUCCUGAUGUAGCUGAUGACCUGGAGCCCCUGGAAAGAAGGCAGGCAAACCCAAUUGUAGAGCAAGUGAGACCAGUCAGACCAGUUAGGCCUCCUCGGCCCUCACUCAAGGCCAAGGAGAAGGCUCAGUCACAGACUGAUGGCAUUGACCUGAAGUGAUCUCUCAGCACCCAAUACUCGUGUGGGGGUUACAAUGUCAUCAUGCUCCCCAUGUCAACAAUGGCAACACACAACACAAGGGAGAUGGCAGGAGGAGGUGAUGAUUAAAUGGAGAUGAGCGAAAGAUCAUUGUCAUUCUUAUCUAUGCCUAUAAUUCUACUUUCAGAUAUGUUUUAUGUGUGGAGAUUUCCCAGAAAAAGAUUUGAGUCCAAACUGAAAGAUGAGAGAUUUGCAAUAUGUAUCAUGGUAACAUGGGACCAGCAGACUUCCCCAAAUGUGUUGACUAAUUUACUGAUUGCUACUAAGGAAACCUAAAUGGCCCAUGGCUUCAGUCUAUUCAGAGUGAAACAACCAUAUAAAAAUGAACAACAUUCUUUUAGGUGGUCCUAUGUAAGAUAAAUGAACCCCUCAUGUUUGACCCCAGAUAAUGCAUGUGAAUCAACCAUAGUGUUGAUGUAUCUGUUAUUUACUCAUAUCAGCUGCCAACACACCUGUGUCCUUGGAGUCUCAAGAUUUCUAUCCUUUCCCACAGGUUUUUACUGCUAAUUGGUCCACAGUGAAAAUAAGCUGCCUAGGUUUAAUUUGAGCGUUGUGGCAGAACAAGUGUAAGUGUCACAUUGAAGAUAUGUAUAUAAAUUAUAUACUAUGCUAUUGUGGUUCGGAGAUUGUCUCUUUAGUAGAUUUAGGUUUAAGUUGAAUGCAACCUUUAGAAAGAAUUUAGUUGCAUUGUAUAGUGAGGGCAUUUCCAUUUCAUCCCCAUAGUAAUAUGCAUAGUGUUUUACCUCAUCAGUUACUUUAAUGUGCUCUUUAUGAAGGACUUUGCCAGGGUUCUUUAAUAAAUUAAUGAAUCUCCAUUCAUACGCUGGCGGCUCAGCAUCAGGGGAAAUUUGGGAUUUUAGAAAAUAAAUCUAGUGUCUCUGUGACAGUUUGUCCACCUGAGAAUACUGAUAGGUGGAUAUUAAUCAGUAAAACAUCUGCAUCACAAGCCACCCACUACACAUCAUACGCUAAGAAACACAUCCAAAUAUGAUUGUUUAUGCAUCUUUGUAAGAAAACAAUACUGUCUAUUAUUAUCAAAUUCUUCAACAUGUCAUAGUUUUCUGUUUUUGCAGUUGGAACUCUAAAAAUAAUUGUACCUGGAAUGGUCUAAUGAAACUUUAAUCAAAAUUAUUUCCAAUGUGUUUGCUUUUUUCUCGGGUUUUGGAGCUGUUUAAUUACUUUCCAGAAUUUAUUUAUGUUUAUCAGUUGUUAACUCCUGAUUAAUUUUCUUUGUGUUUUGCACUAUAGGGACUUGCAUCGACACGACUCUCAGACAGAAUUUAUGUAAAUCUGCUUGAUUUCUAUUCAUGUAUGGAUGAAGAGAGUAGUUAGUUCUGCUGGUACCAUACCUAUGUAAAAUUAAGAAUGUGAAUUCAUGAGAAUGUUAGUGGGUUAAGGUUAGGGUGUCCAUAGUGAAUAUAUAGUGCAUCAGUCUUCCUUCACCCUGGAACAGACUUGGUAGGCACUGAAGUACUGUUCAGUUAAUAUUAAUUUUCAGCUCACACCUACCUCAUUAUACUAAUUUGCUAUGACUGCAUAACAACACUGUGAACCCUGUAAAAGCAAACAUUUAUUUAUUUUGAUGCUUGUGAAGUAAUUAAAAGGUGUAUAAGAGAGCUCAGUGCAAUAGGUGUUAUUAUUGUGAUCAGGAGGUUUGUAACUGUGAAUGAUUCCCUGAGGGCCAAUUACUGCCCUGCUCAUUCCUCAUGCCAGGGGUUGUUUGAAUAUGAGCUGUUAUUUUUUCACGAAACGUAACAAAAAUACAUAUAUGGCAAUAUUAAAGUAAGACAGUUUUCGGUGUUGUUUUCCUUAGAAAGCCACGGGCCAUAAAAUGUUUUUUUAUUGUGGACUAGAUCAAUUUUGUCAUUCAUACAAUCCAAUAAAUGUACAGGUUGUAUAGUUUGUUUUGAACUGUGAGUGAUG